AUGCCCUUCCCCGAGCCCCUGCUGCUGGUGGGCUCCGUUGCUGGCAUCGCAGGCCUCACCUUCGCCUCCUUCACGGCGGUCAGCUACCUGGAAGUGAAGAAGCGAAUAGACGAGCAGACCGCAGCAGGGGAGGAUCCUUACGAGCUGCAGGUGGAGCGCCGGGUGGAGCAGCGCGCGCAGCCCCCCCGCAAAGCCGGCGGCAAGAAGGCAGGCGGCGGCAAGCGCAAGAAGUGA